AUGACCACUGAUUCGGUCUCCACUGCGACGCCCAGAAACGCCAUGCUGCAUCAAGCAAUACCGGAAGACAUACCUUUCAUCAAAUCCAUGGUCAACGCUGCGUAUUCCAUAUACGUUGAAAGGAUCGGACGACCACCAGCACCCAUGAGCGAGGAUUGGGAAGAAACAAUACAGUCCCACAAUGUUCUCGUCCUGAAAGACAACGACCAAGUCAUUGGCUCGAUAACAUUUCACGUUGACGAGGAAUCAGACUCUCUCAAAAUCGACAACUUGGUAGUACAUCCAGCAAUCCAGGGUCGCGGCUAUGGACGAUUUCUGAUCGACCAUGCGGAAUCAGAAGCUCGGCGACGUGCAUUGCCCGGUAUUAGUUUAUUCACAAAUGCCAAAAUGACCGAAAAUAUUGAGUUGUAUAAAAGAUUGGGAUUUUCGGAGACAGAGAGACGAGUGGAAGAUGGAUUCCAGCGGGUAUACUUCUACAAGAAACUUGUUUAG